CUCCAUGUUUAGCAGCAUCAGCCUGUGAAUCCGUGCUUCCCCCGAGCCGUCGUGCAUCCCUCGGCCCUUGUGCCGCUACGUCGUUUUUUAUUUUUUUCAUCGACUGGUCAGAGAGGAAGACGGCCCCCUUUCCUCUGAGCCACAUGCCGGAGAACAGCACCAACAGGAGGCUCCUUCCUCUCACAUGUGCGGACCUCCAGCGCCACCUGCCAGACAAAUAGUGGACAGUUUCUUCCAGCUUGUUUUUUGCUGCUCGGGGUCUUGUGCCAUUUAUGUUUGUAGCACAGGCUCCUCCUGGUCUCUGUACGGACCUCCAGCGCCAUCUGCAGCCCGAAAAGAAAACUGCCAGAGAGAAGUAGAGUAAAUCAACCACCACUUCUCCCAACAGCUGCAAAUGUUCUUUGAGAAAACAAUAAGAUCUUCAAUACUCAGUCCUGUACACAUGAAGUGAAGCUUGCCGAGAGAUUAAAGUAUUUUUCCAGACUAAGAGACUCCACCGAUGAAGACCUGCAGCUCAGACAUGAGGCGCUCUGCUCUCAUAAUCCUGAUGAUCAACAGCUUCUGUGCCUUUUCGCAAAUUCCCCAUGAAGUUGUCUAUGUGGUGGGCUGCUUUGAAAAUGGCACAACUGAAGCUGUGUUUGAGUUUGAUGCAGAGGAGCUUCUGUACGUGGACUUUGACAGAGAUGAGGUUGUUUACACUAUGCCCAGAUUUCUUACUGACGACCCAAGCAAACUAUUUGAGAAUUUGAACGUAUUUAAUAACGCUAAGAAAAACCGGAACAUAUGUUUAUCAAUUAUUAAAAUUUAUAAAUUGGAGGAGAACAAUCCACCAGAAGAAAUGGACCCCCCUGAGAGCAUCCUCUACCCUUCAGAAGAAGUUCAGUUGGGAGUUGAAAACAGCCUCAUCUGCUUUGUGAAUCAUUUCUACCCACCUGAGAUCAAAGUCAGCUGGACCAGAAAUGGCCGUCUGGUGUCGGAGGGGCAGUCACUCAGUCGAUAUUAUCCCAAUAAUGACCAAACCUUCCACCAGUUCACCACCCUGACGUUCACACCAAAGGAGGGGGAUAUUUACAGCUGUACUGUUGAACACUUAGCUUUGGACAGGCCUAAAACAAGGAGCUGGGUACCUGACUUCAGUCAUCCCAGUCUUGGACCAGGUGUUUACUGUGGAGUGGGCCUGACUGUGGGCUUGUUGGGAGUAGCAGUUGGAACUUUUCUAAUGGUUAAGGGAUGCCGUGGACAGUAAUUUAAAAGAUACACAUGAAAUCUAUGAUGAUGGUGUACAUGCAUUUUAAACAAAAUAAUGUUUGAGUGCACCAUUAAUCAUCUUUUAAACUGUGACUUAGCUUUGAGAGAGGUUUGAACAUUAGGCCUGCUGUGGCCCAUUGAAGAAUUAAAUAAAUGAAGAUUAAAUGAUCAGUUUAUAAAUACCCUGUACGUAUGCUAGAUUAUGUUGUACUUCUUAAGAGAGACUGUCACGUUUUAUGGAAUAAAUAACGUAUUUUCCGUAUUUAAAAUGAAAUGCUGAAUUCAUAAGCAACCUCUACUCCACGAUGUACACUCAAACCUAAAAGAGAUCAAUAUUUUUGACAUUACUGAAUUCAGGAAGGGCUUUGCAUUUACACAUUGUAUGACAAAUGGG